UCGGGGAUUUUGAGCAAAUUUUCUAAGAGCCUCGAAAAAACGUGUCUUCAAAUAAUGGUUUUUUCCUGGAUACUUAUGCAAUUAAAACUUGCCAGAUAUAUUGAUUUACAUACAUUUAUUUGUACUUUACGCACAUUUAUAUGCGUACGAAGCCUUACUAGAAAGUUUUUUUUAUAUAAGUACAUUUUUUCAUUCCCGUAACUCAUUGUACCGAACAUUUAUGGAAAAUUUCGUCAAGAUCGGAUAUAUGGUGUCGGAGAUAAUUUCUGAGGGGGGGCCCUUAAUCGAAAGAAUUGUGUAUAAAAGAGAAGAGAGCUAGUAGUUCACAUUUCUAGCCCACAGAAUUAUGCUGACACACUUUCUUUUAUUAUUUCUACAGAUUCUACAACAAUGUCUCGUGAAUUAAGUAACAACUCGACGUUUGAUUCAGCUGAUUAUAGAAAAGCAGAACUGCGGGGUGUUGUGCAAUUAUCGGACUCAGCCUCGCAUGUACGUACGUACAAAAAAAUAUGUUUAAUCUAUCUAAUGGUCAAGUCUUAUAUUUUACUAAUGUGGACUCAAGAAUAG